AUGAAAAAUCAUAAACUGGAGAAAUUACUGAAUGCAGGUGCAAUUCUUGCUCUAUGUGUCAUAAGAUGCCGAGGCAGCGGAAAUGCUUUUGAUCAGGAAGUGCUUGACAGAAGUGCUGGUCUAUACAUAGACGGGAAUAGAGUGGCAUCCAAAAUAGAUGGGUUGUAUUUUUCAUCUAGUAGCUUUCCCUUGAGCAUUUCCCCUAUAGAGAAAAUCCGCUCUCUGCACCUUUCAAACAGAAAAAUAGAUCCGCGUGUCCAAUAUCAGCAAGGCGCGGCAGAGAUGAGUGUGGCAGGAAGUGCUUUAAACCAGAUGGAUGCGCGCAGAGGUAAAGAGCCUUUCUCUGAAGAAAAAAAAAGAAAGAUAAAUGAAGCAGACAGAGCAGGAGGAAGAGAGAAUCCAAUGGACUUCUAUGCUGAUGACCGAUCUCCGCUCCAUAAAAAACAGAGAAGUGAAGAAGAUACAUCGAUGGAAGUGUCUAUUAUGUCCAAUUCUGAGGAAGAAGAGAUUGAAAUCAUCAAAAAGAGUGGCAAACGAGUGGCUCAGAAAGGUCGAGAAGUCUCACUGUCUGAAAAAGCAGAUGAAACAGCAGAAGAUCAACGAAAAACAAUUGAUCUUGACAUCAGUCUGUGGAACGAAAAAAGAUUGUACAACUCGGGAAGAAAAAAAGAGAAACUAAACACUAAAACAAUAUACAGAUACGACAUGUCCAACAAAAGCAUGCGAGACGAAGUAAGGCUGGACUCGUACCAAAUACAGUUUAGAGAGGACAUUAAAGACUUUUUCACAAGAACUGCUCCUCUGAUACAGCAGAGUGCUCUGUGCUACUUCAUUGCAAGCAGAUGCACAACCAUAAACACAAAAUACAAGGAUCUUCUAGGCCUCCAAGAGAUACUCAAAGACAAUGAAGACGAAUGCGCAAAAAUGGUAAAGAGCUUGGAAGGAUACUAUCCCGGGAUAAUUGGUGAUAUGAUAGCAUACAUAGACAAGUAUAGACCCACACGAACGAACAAUCUACCCUGCUCGGUUGAGUGGAAUGAAAAUCUGGGCGACAUUUAUAUACGAGAAGAUCUCGAUUUAAACCACUACAGCCCAGAAGAAAGCUCCCAGGCUGGAGGGAUAGACAAGAAGUACCGCACUGUUGCCUGUGCUGUGCGUAUGGUUCUAGUGCUUCCUGAGGUGUACAAAGACUUUCUUAACAUCAGCCCAGAGUUUAUAAAAAACACCAAAACUUCAAAAGACCUAGCAAGGAAAAAACAAAACUGCCAAAUUCUGUUGAAAAUACAAGAGCUGGUUCACAUGCACGCGGAGGAAAAAAUAAACGCUGGAGUGUACAAGGAGCUAUACACAGCUCUUGAAGACGUGUAUGAAAAAGACACAUUUCCUAAAGUGGCAGUGACUGAUCUGUACAGAGGCAUUUACACUCUUCUUGCCAGAUUCUACGAAAAUGCAGGAGGAAUGGACAAGAAAAAAGAGUACAAUCUGGUUGGGAAGUGCAUAAUAAAGAACCAGAAGUACAUGAAGUGCGAGAUAAAGGUGGAUUUGGGAACAGAAGACACAGACAAAAGAGUUCUGAGUCUCGGGUAUUCACUGGAGAAGAACAAAUGGGAUAUUUCGCCCAAGAUACACAAGCACUACCACGUGCUGUACGUGAACAAUGCAACCAGCCAGCUCAGAAGGCUGUGCAUGCCCAUAUACGUAGACAGCGCUGGAAAAGAUCGCUAUAUCCACACAAUCAUCGACAUAAUAAACCAUAUAAAAGUGCUGUAUGAAGUGAAGGAAGAGGCUGACGUUAUACACCCGUUUAAGAUGAAUAAAAGGAGUAAAAAGUGGACAUACAUCAAAGAAAAAGACAGAAAUAAAAAAGUAGAAGAGCUAGAAGGACAUGAAGUAGUGUUCUACCGCAUUGAUGAAGACCCCGCAGAAAAAAGAUUUACAUUUGCAAAGUUUAGGCCUCUGCGGUCUUACAAGGACGGCGACAUUUGGAUACCACUCUUCCUUACGCCUCUGAUGAGACGCGCAGUAGACCUUGGCCCUUUUAUUAGGAUGGAAAAUGAACACAAAGAGCUAAGCCCAGUAGAAGUUAAAGAUACAGUGCCCGAUAUAUACGUAUAUGACUAUAAGUACAAGGAAAAAAAGUAUUCAGACUUUUACAAAUACUACAGCAACCUGUACAUACAAUUUGAUAAAGAAGAAAAAAGAAGUGUGGACUGCUACAUGAUGGACUUAGAGUGUAAGCCAACCAAAAAAGAAAAUAGCAUAGUUGAGGCUGUGUGGUACACAAGGAUGCCAAGUAGUGUGGAUGAGUAUACACACUGUGUGCUGGGAAAGGAGUUUUCUAAAGAAGGAAGCUCAGAGGCAUUUGAUGAGCUUAUUGAAACAGUAGAGUCAAGAGAGUAUAAUAAAGACAGCGAGCUGCAGGGAUUCAGGCUGAGCAACAGCCAUGCACUAAAUAGCGAGACAGCAGAACAGACUCAGGUAAUAUUUAACCUACUGCCGAACAGCAGCUGUUAUAAGGUGUCUGCAAAUGAAGAGAUCUUGGAGAAAAUCAAACUAGAAAUGUUCAGAGGAAAAGAAAAACUAAGAGAGAUAGAAGAAGAGAAGAAGAGAAUAGGGAAAAUCAACAUAAAAACAGAUACAAAGAAGUCAAUAAGACAAAAGCGGACCGUAAACUCUACAAAAAGCAAAACAGCCAAAAGACUGAAAGAUCUAAACAAGGAGCUGUACAUAGCUCUCUCUAAAAGGCCUGACUCCAGCACUGAGCUCAUGGUAUUCCGCAAUGCAAACCACAGCAAGUCCAAUCUAGGCGUACAUAACGAGAUCUUUGACAUUUUCAUUACAGUGUACAGAUAUAGAAAGAGGAAUACCGGUUAG